GUUCCUUUUGUUCGGGGGUCCGGGUCCGGGCUGAACGGGUUUCUGGCCUGAUAGAGGCACAGUGAUAAGACCACCGGGACACAGUCCGGGUUAGAGAGCGGACUGAGCCGGACCGGGUCUGAGCGGCUCCUCAGGACACUUUUUCCAGAAGUUUAAGGAAAGUCGAGGGAAAGGAGGGAAGGAGGAAGAUGAGGAGGAGGAGGAGCUGAGCAAUGUGGCAAAACUUUGGAGAACGACGUCAGUAGUUGAGUCAGUGUCGGAGACUGAGAUGGAGGGAGAGAAGGAGCGACAGCGGCAGCAGCGGGAGGAGAAGGAGAGUAACGAGGCAGAGGAUGACAGGAGGAGCGAUGAUGAUGCUGACAAUGAAGAGGAGGAGGAGGAUGAAGAUUCGGAGGGUGCAGCGCUGGUGUGGCAGGAAGGCUACGGUGAGGACAAUCUGGGCCUUCCCAUCAUGCACUGGGAGGCGCUGAGCCUGCGCAUCGCUGAGCUGGAGAAACAAGAGGAGGAGAAGAAGGAGAAAAAGGCAAAGAGUGGAGUCCCUCUGGAGAGAGGCAGAGCUCCGGUGAGCUGGUCGGAGGAGAGAGGCAGGAGAGCAGAGAGCUGGGAGGACGGAGACGACGCCUGCAACAGCCACGUGCUGGCCCUCACCUCCCGGCUGCAGACACAGAUGAAUCUUCAGCUCUGCUUCAUCAACAACAGUGAGAGUGAGGAAGAAGAGGAGAAAGAGGGAGAUAACAGCAAGAAGGAGAGCUCCAGCUCCCGGAGAGGGACUGUCCAGGUUCAGAAGAAUCCUCCAACUGCUUCUAAGCCAGAGAAACCAAAGUCCAGAGGCUUCAGGAGCACCCUGAGGAGUCUCCGAGACCGGCUGAGGACCACAGACCACAAGACCCUGACUGCAGCUCAGACUGGUCCAGUGGUCCAGAGGAGACAUGUGGAGCGUAGUGAUCUACAAAGCUUCAGUUUAAAGGAGCUCAGUUCUCUCUGUGAUUCUCUCAGCCAGACCAUCCAAGACCUGAGCUCGGACCUUGUGGGUCGCCUCCAGGUCCGGGACCAGCUGAGGACUGAGCAGGACGCCAUGCUGCUGGAGGUCCAGGAUCUGACCUCAUUGUGAAGCAGCCGAGGUUCACACGAACAUUUGAACACUGUUUUUAUAGGACGAUGUCACAGUGACCUCACAAACACCUCCAUGUGACCAAAGUCUGAGCAGCCAGUCACUGAGAGGACUGAGAUGACAUCAUUCAGCUGCUCAGUGUUUAUGUUGUUGUCUGUGUUUAUGUGUUUAUAAGGGAAAUUUAGUCAAGUCCGAGGGUGAGGGUGAUGAUGGUGAUGGUGAUGAAGGUGAUGGGGGUGGAGCCUUACGGUGCAGCGAACUGAGCUUGACACCAGAUCCAGCAGUGGACACGUUUUGCCUUCAGACUCAGAGUCGGACCAGAAGAUCAGGACCAGUUUCUUCUCCACGGAGUCCACAACACAUUCAGGUCCGGGUCCUGUUAAACCAGCUCAACACCAGGACUGGAAGAACCUGGUCAGCAGUGGAGUCUCUGAGCCUCAGCUGUGAAGAUGAAGGUUUGGGGUUCAGCUGAUGUUGUUGUCAGAGAUGCUCAGUGGUUGUGUUUGAGUGUUUCUGUUUGAACCCUGACCUCAGUCUGUGCUGACAUCAUCAGUCACUACAGCCGUGGAGAAACCACCAGCUGAUCUCUGAACUUCCUGUUUGUGUUCACACAGUCACCGUGAAUCCAGAUCUCCUCAGUCCCACAGUCCUGCUGAGCUGAUGAUGAUCUGGUCUUUAGUCCUCCUCAUGAAGACUCGGUCUGACCAAUCACAUCACUGCUCUGUUCAGGACACUGAGCUCUGAGUGUUGAUUGGCUCCAUGUACAGCUGAUCAAAGUAUGAUUGAUUAUCCAGAAUGUUUCACUGACAGAACAGCCUGUGGAGGGUUUGUCCGCUGUGGAGCAGAGUUUUGAUGAGCAUGAGGUCAGGUUGUAUCCUGUGGAGGUGUGAUCCAUGUUCCUGUUGAUUGAUCUGUCUGUGGUGCUAUCAUGGAAACAUUGAAUUUGUUAUGUCUUUGUGAAGAGGAGCAGAGGGAGAAGAUUCACUCAGUGUGUUUUUAUAAACCUGGACUGAGACAGAAAACAUCCAAAGAGCAGCACCUGUAGUAAACAGAAGAACUUUAUUCGACUGACGUGUUUCAGCUUGUGGGCUUCAUCAGGGUCAUCAGAGAACAGAUCACACCAAACAUUUAAAUAGGAUAGGUAUGAAACAAAAAAAUACAAAACAGCCAAUCACAUGUCAGCACAUACAUAUCUGCCUACGGGGCUUCUGCAAAGGUGGGUUGGGCCAAUCGUUGUCUCAGGCUGGUGGAGAACGUCCAAUAGAGGACCUGGGUGCCGCCAUGUUGGAUUGUCCCAAAUGUGUCCAUUUGAUAUGGCAUAGCAGCCCCCCAAAAAACUUCAAUAAAAAAUGAGAAUAAAACUUGAUCGUGUAAAGUGGUAUAGUUUUAUACCUAUUUUAUUUGAAUGUUACAUGUGAUAUGUUCUGUGAUGAUGACCCUGGUGGAGCCCACGAGCCGAAACGCGUCAGUCUAAUAAAGUUCUUCUGUAUUCUACAAGUGCUGCUGGAGUUUUGACCUCUUUGGUUGGACCUUUUCCUUUCUCCAUGCACUGUGGAUGAAGGUGAAGUUGUGCCAGAAACCUUCCUUUGAGACAGAAAACAUCACAGGACAUUGUCAAGUCUGUAGAGACAAAUACAUUAAAUCAGUGUUGUUGAUGUUUUCACGCAAAGAUCCAGUUCACAACUAAAAUGAUCAUGAAAUGACACAACCAGUGAGAAAAUAACAGACUUCAUUGUAACAGUGUGUUUUACCAGUACAGUAUCUGUACAGGGAGUUAACGCUUGUCAGUGCUUUAACUCUUGUUCCUGCUCAGCUUCAGACUGAUGUUGAAAGGGGCUCAUGUUAAGAAGCUGCUGACUCUCAACAAUCUCUCUGUUUUCUACUGUAGAGAUAUUAAUGUUUUGUACAUGCAUGUCUUUGUGUAGGUUUUUAGGUCUGAAUGUUUGUUCUGUACAAUCAGCACAGUUUUAUUGAUCUGUUGGGUCUGGAUAUGUAAGGGAAGAUAUUUUAUUCCGUUUUUUGUGAU